UCUGCCCUCUCAUUGGCUAGAAUGGUCCCACCUGAUCUCACCUGCCUUCCAUCUUUGAGGACGGGCAUUUCCAUUGUUUGAGCUGUCACUCGAAUAUCAAUAUAAUAGACAAUCUUUGCUAUUGCUCACCUACAUUUUUUUUCGCAAGAGAACUGCCCUUUAUCUUUCAGUGUACAGCAGAAAUGUGUCUGAAUGUACCAUUAGAAAUGUGUUCCUUGGUUUGCAAUUGAUUUGCUUUGUUGCACAUGACUGGUGUACGCAAUUAUGUCCAAAGCGAAGUACAUUAAAUGUGCCUUAUAAAUUCUUUAAAAUGUGACUAUCAUAUUAAUAUAAAUUCAAUUGACCGACUUUCUUAUUACAUCUACCUCAAUUUUAUUUUAGGAAAGGCAUCAACAUGCCCUGGCAAGAUCUUGCGUUUAAAUUCGUAUAUUGAACCAGUGGUCUCUAUUGGGCAGCGCUUUUGUGAAGUAAAUUUGCAUGUGAUCAGGGCACAAUUGCGCACAUCUUUUACAUACCUGUGCUGGGCACCACCUGUCGCUCGCGCCACUGACGCAACUGGUCAUAUUUACCAUUCCAUAGAUUUGUAUUAGGUCAACGGCAUAGUUAGAAGAUAUGGGAGUGGAAGCACAGAGUGUCACAAAUGGACAAAGCAGAUCAGAAAGCCUGUCGUUUGACUUUACGUCGUGGUGGCGCCACGACAUUAUAUCGACCUGUUUUUCAAACAGACACAACGUUUGCAUCUCGACCGGACUCGUCUGUUUGUCGGUGCUUCUUUUGAUAAUAUCAUGUUUUAUGCUGGUAUGUCUGAGAUGCAGAGGCCGGGACAGGAAUUCCGGCAAGGAGGCAGGCUGUGUCCUCUACUGUUUCUUUGGCAAUUUGUGCAGCACCGUCGGGGCAGUUCUCUCCAAUCAACUGUCUAUUCAGGUCAUAAUGGGUGGUUUUAUGGCAGCUGUAGAAGUUAUUCAUUUCAUCUCCAUCUUCCCGAUAUUUUUGUGUUGGAACACCAGAGCAGAGAAGAGGCUGAGGAUGAUGAAGAGGAGGAGGAGGCAGAACUUCAUGGCCGUGUCUCUGCUGUUGGUGGUGGGUGGAGGGAGCUACCUAACCUCCAGGACCAGCCAUGGGCUUGUAGACAGACCUCUCACUGGGAGAAGACUUCUUCUCACUGACCUCCUGCAUGACCGUAUGGAGGUCCUGGGUUACAUUCUUGGUCUGCUCUCUUUUGUGAUUGCCUGGACCUCCAAGUUCCCUGACCUCUCCAGAGCACACAGAGGGAAGAGUUCAAGGGCACACGUGUCCUCGGGGUUGCUGUGCUCUUUGGCCGGUGCCCUCUACACCUCGGCCAUAUUACUUUACGACACCCAGUAUGAGUUUGUACUGAGAGCCAUGCCGUGGCUCCUGGCGUCAACGUGCUGUGCAGCCCUGGAUCUUGCUAUCGUGGUCCUGUCCUGGUGUAGGAAGGGUACCCCUGAGCAGCAGCCUGGAGGGGGUUCUCCAGAUACAGAGAGUCUCCUGGGCGGCUCCUCUCCCCCCACUCAGCACAACCCCAGUUGGAAGACAAAACAAAAACACCCAUUGGACUUGGGUGGAGCUCCUCUCCAGGUUCUCUCCAGUAAGAAUAAUCUAAAGUUUGCUGACAUGGGGCAUUACAUGGAUGUCAACAUUCAACCCGUGCGAAAGGUGUGUCUGAAGGAGGUGACUCUCUCUAGGGAGGAGGGGGUUUCAGAGAGCCAUCCCCUCAGGAGGACAGUAAGGGUAGUGAGAGUGGACGAACCCUGCACCUCCGAAACGUUCUCAGACUCCUCAUCCCUCAACUCGGAUCUGGAGUGGGAUUUUGAAGACGCAAAUGCACAGUGGAACAAACUGCAAAAAGAGAAAGUGGAUGGGUUUCCCCUGCAAGAAUGGCCAAAGAACCCAAGCCCAAAACCCAUCUGCAGCUGUGGUGGCAUCAUUUGACAGGCUGGGAAGCGGGUAUAAAGCAGAGUGGGUGAAGGUGAAGUGGCGUGAUAAUUUCAAACACUGGUGAAUGACCUGGUAACACUUCCUCAUUACAUCACAUGGUCAGAUCUGUGUUUGGAUUGCGAAUAAGAAAGAUAAUAAAAGUGCAAAAAUUGAUCUGCCAUCAAACUUUCUGUUUUUGUCAUGUCUUAUACUCAUUGGGUUUAAUAAGUUAUUGGUUUGUUGACAUAACAAUGUGGACAUUGAGCCAGCUGGUUUUAGUUUCAUGAAAGAUUCAAUUAAUGGGUUCAAUUACUAAUGGAUGCACUGUAUGGCAGUGCAUCUGAUUCUCUUUGUAAGUUUGUCAACUACAGAUGCUGUCAUCGCUACUCAGAUGCUCAGCUAGCCUCAGACAGCUUUCCUGUAAUGGGUUUGCACCACUCAUUAAACGGAUGACACCUAGACUCCUCAUCAGCUUGGCUUUUGCAUGGACUGCACUAAAUAACGGGACCCAUUCGGGAUGUGUCACCGUAGACCACCCUUAAUAAAACAAUAUCGCUCCAUGUCCGCCUCGGAAGGUCAAGGGUUCACUUCCUAGAUUUUCCUAGUCAGGCCAGGUUAUCAGGGCUGAACUGGAAAAGGCUCAGCAGACCUGAUUGGGGCCAGAUUAGAGGACAAGGGCUCCUCUGUCCUUCCCAGUAGCUCCCAAUCCUCUGCCUGUCUGGCCUGUUUCUCUAACUAGCGGAUAGUAUGGUGCCAGAGUUGUUUUAACUGAUGUGCAUUCAAGCGACUUCCCUGGGUUCUAAUAAAAGGACAAUAAAUAUAUUCAAGCAAAACUGUGAAGCACAUUCUUCACCACAUUACAUAUCCUUUGACAUGUCUGCUGAAGACAUUGGUCUGUGACAAGAAUGACUGGUAUCCAAGAAAUUGAUUAAUAUAUAAACAGAAAUAUAAAUGCAACAAUUUCAAUUUUACUGAGUUAGUUCAUAAGGAAAUCAGGCAAUUGAAAUAAAUUCAUUCACAUGACUGGGCAGGGGUGCAGCCAUUGGUGGGCCUGGAAGGGCAUAGGCCCACACACUGGGGAGCCAGGCCCAGGCCCAGCCAAUCAGAAUUAGUUUUACCCCACAAAAGAGCUUUUACAGACAGGAAUACUCCUCCAGUUUCAUCAGCAGUCUGGGUGGCUGGUCUCAGACAAUCCUGCAGGUAAAGAAGCCAGAUGUGGAGGUCCUGGGUUGGCGUGGUUACAUAUGGUUUGCGGUUGUGAGGCCGGUUGGACGUACUGCCAAAUUCUCCAAAAUGACAUGGAGGCGGCCUAUGGUAGAGAAAUCAACAUUACAUUUUCUGGCAACAGUUCUGGUGGACAUUCCUGCAGUCAGCAUGCCAAUUGCACAUUCCCUCAACUUGAGACAUCUGUGGCAUUAUAUUAUGUGACACAACUGCACAUUUUUGUGGCCUUUUAUUGUCCCCAGCACAAAGUGCACCUAUGUAAUUGUCAUGCUGUUUUAAUCAUCUUCUUGAUAUGCCACACCUGUCGGGUGGAUAGAUUAUCAAGGCAAACCAAAUUUGAGAGAAAUACACUUUUUUUGUAUCUUCUAUUUCAGCUCUUGAAACAUGGGACCAACACUUUACAUGUUGAGUUUAUAUUUGUUCAGUAUAAAUGGUAGGCCAAAUAAAUGCUUCAGAGUUCAAGUAACAGACAUCUCAACAUCAACUUUUCAGAGGAGACUGCGUGAAUCAGGCCUUCAUGGUUGAAUUGCUGCAGAGAAACCACUACUAAAGGGCACCAAUAAGAAGAAGAGACUUGCUUGGUCCAAGAAACACGAGCA